GCUAAGACAAGCACGUUUCUCUCCUUAACAACCACUGGGAAGCUGGCGUCUGGGGUAUUGGGUCGAGGUGACGCAGCAGAAUGCCCUACUUAUGCAAAACUGUUUGGCCUGAAUUCUAACCAUUCGUAGCCUGCGUCUGACUGGCUUCCUGCAGGCUGCUCUGCCACUUUCCAGGGUCACAGUGGACCGGCAAUGGCAGACACCGGGGAGGGAAAAAAAGAGGAGGCAGACUAUAAGAGACUUCACAUGUUCCCACUGAUCAGGCAUUCAGACAUGCCAGAGGAAAUGCGAGUAGAGGCCAUGGAGUUGUGUGUUACUGCUUGUGAGAAAUAUGCCACCAACAAUGAGAGUGCAGCCAAGAUGAUCAAGGAAACCAUGGACAAGAAGUUUGGCUCCUCCUGGCACGUAGUGAUUGGCGAAGGCUUUGGUUUUGAGAUCACCCAUGAGGUGAAGAACCUGCUGUACAUGUUUUUUGGAGGCAGCCUGGCAGUUUGUGUUUGGAAGUGCUCCUGACAUAACUCAGCCUGUGUACCAGCCUGCCACAACCGAGAGAUUUUUUCAGAAAUUUGAUUGGGUUUUUUUGUACCACUUAAAG